AUGGAUCCCCCACACAUCACCGAAUUCGCCUCGGAACGAUAUUUUAGUAAACUCAAUCAAUUAGGCGAUGCUCCCGAGGCGGCGACGUCGUCUCUUCCCGGGCCCUCACAACCACACUCCAUCCAGUCUUCAACCUUCAUUUUACCCCUGAGGUCGUCGUCAAAACCAUGCGAGAGCGAAGUUGCGACCAUUCGUCCCCCGGACCACAAGCGCUCGGAGCGAAGCCGAUUAUUUGGAUUGCGCUCGAAAGUCUCUCUCCUGCACGCAAAGCCUACUCCGCCCGUACCGACAUCACCAUCGUAUUCAUCCAAGCCAGCAGGCGACUUAACCACACCGGCACGGGUACCCCUAGACGAUCUUUUCCGCUCGUUACCCAGCGAACUUCAGAUUCAAAUCAUCAACUCACUUCCUCUCUCCGAUAUUUUGAACCUGCGGCGGGUUUCCCACUUUGCCCCGCAGCAGGAACGAAUGCGACGGCGCUUGAUACCAUUGUUAUUCACCAUUUUCCACUUCUUUGAGAUGUACCGGAAGCUGCACCUGGAGCACAUUGCGGAGCACGGCGGUUAUGGCCUGCGACAUACACCGUACACCCUCAACCCUAUCGAAGUUAAAAUCAUGAACAUGUACGACGAUAAAACGCUACUACGAGUCCACCAAGUAUUCCCACUCGUCAUUUCCUCAUUCUGUCGCCAACUACGGCCCCCUUCAUAUGCCGGUCGAGUUGAACGAUCUCUUCGUGGCUAUCUGAGAGAAAAGCCACCAGAUGAAGUCCAUGCCGCCAUUCUCUGCCUGGGUGGGCUGAGGCAAGUGGAGCGGUUUUGGGAGAUCGGAGGAUACAACUCCCGCCGGGGUGCCGUCGACCAUUGGUAUUCCUCCGUGGCCUUGACUCCUGAGCCUCCCACAAAGCCUAAGCGAUCAAUUAUGGGCAUCGGCCGGAAGAAGUCUAUGGCUGCGCUAAAGAACAGCGCUAUGCGACAUGCCAACAACCCGCCCCUCCCGCCGCUUGAUCCCGCUCUAAUUAACUCGACGAACUUCGUUUUUGGCACCAGCCUAGCAGCGGGUAUGCCCAUGGCCUCGCUGGCUCCGGACCACGCUCGACAACUAUUACCCGAUUUACCGACCUUACAGCAUAUAUGGUUGUUGACCGCUGAAACAUUGAUUCUCGACAGGAAAAUUGUUCAGCGGUCGCAAGAUAUCUUGCGUAAUGCCCAGGUCAUGCUUGAACUCAUUCGCGAAGACGGCCUGGAGGAGGAGGAUGAAUGGUGGUAUGGUCGCAAUGCGCCAGACUCACUUCGUCCACCAGCCGAGGCUUUCGAGAACGAUGUCGGUGAUAGUGGGAUGGUCGAUCCUCUUCUCUAA